UCGAAGACCCGGCACCAACAGCGGCACCGGCACCUUAUGUCUGUCGACUAUCAGUGAUCAUCGCUGACAUCGACCGAUCGUUCCUGCGUUCUCCGGCUCAGUCGAUCAUCUUCGAUGCUCUGCGUCCCGUUCUAGCGUGCAGAUCGUGUAUUCUUGCUCAUCGAAGUGGUCGUGAAGUGACGAUAGGCGCCGUGGGCCGAAGAAGAAAUCCGGUCGUAAACGGAGACUCAUCUUCCUACCACCUCCAAACGGCCAAACCGGUAGUACAUGGUUGAGUGAGUGUUCAAAGCGUUAUCUGACACCAGCAGAGAGUGAGCCGCGGGAUCAAGGCUCUAGCGUGCUAUAGGUGUCCAUCCAGUGUGCAGCCGUGAAUUCUGGCAUCCCAGUGCGCAGUGUCGUGGUUCUGUUAGGAAGGUCAAUUAAGAGCUACGAAAUGUCCCCAAACCGAUACAAAAGGGUGACGGCGAAGAGCAUGUUGUUGGGCAGCAUACUGCUACCGGUCGUUAGUUGCCUACUGUGGCUCACCGGAUCUGCGAGUGGCCAGUACCUGACCUCACCUUGCCCCGAGAUAUUUAGCUACAGACUGGAGCCCAGCACGAACCAGGCGUUCGGUUACAUUGAGCUAAACAAUCUACGCAUCGGCACUACUGUAAAGCUAAUGGUUGAUCUAUCCUACAAUGUGGAGGUUUCAAAGCAAAACCUAGGCUCGAUCACUCUGGUGAAAUCGAAUGAAGAAACAUUCCGUGACAUCUACAACAACCUACCGGCACAGUACCGGGUGAACUUUCCGUUUAGAAACAUCUACCCGAAGGUGCUGGCCAUCAGAGUGAACGGUGAAACGGUCUGCAGCGGAUCACCGGCCCAAGGACGAAUCGUAACGACGGUCAAUCUGGAUCACACACUGUACACUGAGGUACAGCAACUACCGUUCGGGGCUCAGGGUAAUGGAAUACAGUUCCUGCCAGGCAUGGGCAAUGGCUUCCAGUCACCGGCACAACAGCAACCGGUCACUCAGCGGCCCAAUGUCUUUAGACCGCAAGUGCAGCCAGUUACACGCCCGACCGUUUAUCAACCUCCAGUGCAGACAGUACCACAGUAUCCUGAACGACCACGACCUCAAACUGUGCCCCAGCCGCAACCACAGCCACAAGCACAACCCCAACCGGAGUCGCAGCCCCAACCUCAACCGCAGUCGCCGUCUGCAACCAAUUCUGAAAUUCUCUGCGGUACGGUGGCUCCCCUGGGUAACCGGCUAUCGAUCAAUGGAAAGCGUUCCUCCCGGGGCCAGUUUCCUUGGGCUGCCCCGAUCUUUAAUACUGCCGGAGUGCCCAAACCACAGUACAUCUGCGGCAGCAGCAUCAUCAGUACCACGCACUUGAUAACGGCAGCCCAUUGCAUGUUCUUCCCGGACGGCACAGAACGGCAGCCUGACCAGCUCACGGUGGUGCCCGGAAUGUUCAACAUCGACAACUUCUUCGACAACGAUAAUCAGGAUCGGGAGGUGUCGAAAAUCCAUACGCACGAGGAGUACGUACACGAGGAUCUGCUGGUGACUGAUUCCGAUAUUGCCGUGCUAGUGCUAUCACAAGCGAUAAUCUAUAACGAUGUGGUUCGGCCUGUCUGUCUGUGGAGUGGGAGCGACAAUCAGGACCAGGUCGUUGGUAGCAAAGGGUACGUGUCUGGCUGGGGCAUCACGGAGUCGGGUGAUGCGAAGUAUCCGAGCUACGUGACGGCUACUAUCAAGGAUAGGCGCGAAUGCUCCCGGCAGCUUGGUCGCCUGUUUUCAGCCAACUCGCGAACGUUCUGUGGCGAUGGGGAAGGUGCAGUCCCGUGCAACGGGGACUCGGGCAGUGGGCUGGUCAUCAAGCGCGGCCGACAGAACUUUCUGCGAGGCGUUGUCUCCGUCGGUCAAUACGAUCAGGUGACACUGCUAUGCGAUACCGAAAAGUAUGUCGUCUACACCGAUGUGGCACCGUUCCGCUACUGGUUGUUGCGUAUCACAAAAUCCUAGGGCUGAGUGGGGCCAGGAUCCGUGUGUUCGGGAGGGGGCCGCGUGCUCGUCCCGGGAGGCUGUCUUCACGAUCUUCUUUUACUCAUCCCCGUAAAUUCCUCAUUAGGUUUGAAAUAGUGCCAAUAAGUGUUUGUCAUUGCUGCAAAUGACUGGAAAUUCCGUGGCCAAGCGAAGCAUUCUCGUAGAAGUACUUAGUUAAUGGUUGUCGAAUGGCCAUUUGUCUGCCUUUCACUAAACUUGUAUAUCAUAUUUAUUCAGUAACAGUUAGAUCCGAAUGUCGCAGACCAUAUAGCAGCAUGGCCGGACUAUCAUAAGUCAAAUAAAUUCUAUACUACAUAUAUGA